GUGGAGCCAACAAUUCUUUUCUUGCUUUAUUCACUCUCAAUUUACCCCUCUGUUAUAUAUUUUGUUUCUAUUUUUUGUCUUUUUAAUAUAUCAUGCCUCGGCAAUGUUAGCAGUAUGAAUUGUGAUCUUAAGCAGGAGCUUAACAAGUUGAGGAAAAGGUUCGAGUUGACAGAAGCAGAGAAUGUUUAUCUGAACAAGUCAAUUGAGAGAAUAGACAAAGAGUUUCAUGAAGCCAAAGACACAAGUUUCCAUUUAAGUCAUCAAAUUGAAAACUCAGAAAAUCUGGUUAAGAAGAAAGAAGCAGAACUGUUAGCAAUGGAGAAAAGGAUAAAGGCAUCAGAGACAUUAAACACCGAGUUCUGCAGAGCUAUUGAGGAGCUGAAGAUGGAACAAGAAGAAUCAAGAAGGAUCAAAGAAGAUAUGGACAGAAAGGUGUGAGGAUUAUGCAAUUUGCUUUUUGCUUUCAACCAGAAUGGCAUCACACAAUUACAUAGCAAGUGCCAAAUCUGUAUCUCUUUAUUGUAUAAGUUCAGGAGUUUCUCAAUCUGCCAUUGCUGCACUCUUUUGUAAAAUCAAUUUUGGACAGAAGCAAUUCUCUACUUGCUGUUUCGGUUUCACUCAACCUUGUUUGAUUGACAAG